AUGAGCACCUUGACUAGACCAUUCAAGUGGUUCUACGAAGAAUUCGGUCUAGUAUCCAUCCACGAAACCGGCAGAAAUGCAUACCUCAUCAUCCUGGCCCGCGCCUGCCGCAUGUUCGCCUACGGCACCAACAGCCUCAUCCUCGCCCUGUUCUUCGCCGAACUCAAAUUCUCGGACUACAAAAUCGGCCUCUUCAUGACCCUCACCCUCCUCGGCGACGUCGUCCUCGGGCUCGGCCUCACCCUCAUCGCGGACCGAUUCGGACGACGCAGAAUCCUCUUCGGAGGCUCCUUCCUUAUGGUCUUGAGCGGAGCGGCGUUCGCCAUCUUUGAGAAUUUCUGGAUCUUGCUUUUCGCCGCUGUGGUGGGGGUGGUUAGUGCGACGGGGGGGGACUUUGGUCCGUUUAGGGCGAUUGAGGAGUCGAUUCUUUCGCAGUUGACUAUGCCCGGGACGAGGGCGGAUGUGUUGGCUUGGUAUGUUACGUUGUCUACUGUGGGGUCGGCGGUGGGCAGUGAGGCUUCGGGGAGGAUUGUGAAUGCUUUGUUGGAGCGAGAGGGGUGGGGGCUUGUGGAUGCUUAUCAUGCGCUAUUUUGGCUGUUUACGGCGAUGGGGAUUGUUAAUGCGGUGUUGGUGCUGCCGUUGACUGAGGCUUGCGAGCUGCAGAAGGAAGAACAGGCAUAUGUGCAGGUGGCGCAAGACGAAAGGGGUAGUAUGGAACUGGAACAGGGACCGCGAGAUCAGACUACCCAGCAGCCAGCGGAUCUGCAGACAGCUGAGAUGUCCGGAUCAUGGUGGAAGAAGCUGACUAGCUCUUUCUCCAACAUCUCUCCCUCCACUCGGUCGGUCAUGUACAAGCUCUGGACGUUACUGGCUGUGGACUCUAUUGCCGAUGGUAUGGUUCCAUACUCCCUGACGAACUACUAUAUCGACCAGAUGUUCCACCCUUCCUUGGCCUUACUAGGCGACGUCACGUCAGCAGCAUACUUUCUCGGAGCAAUAUCAGCAGUAUUCGCCGGUCCACUCGCACGCAAAAUUGGCCUCAUCAACACGAUGGUUUUUACACACAUUCCAUCCUCGGCUGCGGUAUUGAUGUUUGGCUUGCCGAACAAUCUCGUCAUGGUUGUGAUACUUCUGCUUAUUCGAGCAGGAUUGAACAAUAUGGAUCAAGCUCCACGCUCCGCCUUCAUAGUGGCAGUUGUGAAAAGCGAGGAGCGGACCGCGGUGAUGGGGAUUACGAACCUGUUACGGACGCUCGCUGCCAUGACCGGACCGUCUAUAACUGGAUUCUUGGCCGGGAGCAACAAGUUCUGGGUCGCUUUCUUGGUCGCUGGUGCGUUCCGUCUAGCAUAUGAUCUCGGGUUGUGGGUCAUGUUCAGGAACCUGGAACUGUAUAAGAAUGAAAAGCCAAUCGUUCAGUCGAACGGUGUUGCGCGGGCUGUGAGUCGAAGGUUGAGUGAUGAGGAGAUGACGGAGCUUGAUCGAUUACCGACGCCUCUGUCAGUAGCUAGCUAA